AUGGAUGCUCAAUUAGUGAGCGCGGUUCAUGCUUGGAAUCAUUCGUAUUUCUUGUGCUGCAACUAUAUCUUGAAUGGUAUGGUUGAUACGCUUUACAAUGUGUAUUGCAUAGCCAAUACUGCCGAAGAAUUGUGGGAGUCUUUGGAUCGCAAAUACAAAACAGAAGAUGCGGGCACUAAGAAAUUCGUGGUGGCUAAGUUUUUGGAUUUCAAAAUGAUAGACUCUAUCACUGUCAUUAGCCAAGUCCAAGAACUACAAGUGAUUCUCCAUGAUAUUCAUGUGGAAGGAAUGGUGCUCAGCGAGACAUUCCAAGUUGCUGCUAUGAUCGAAAAGCUACCACCAAGCUGGGUUGAUUUCAAGAACUAUCUCAAGCAUAAGCGAAAGGAAAUAUCCAUUGAAGAUCCUGUUAUUCGCCUUCGCAUUGAAGAAGACAACAAAAUUGCUUUGAAAAGGAUUGAUGGUCCUGAAACAGCAAAGGCCAAUGUUGUUGAACAUGGCCAAUCUUCGAAGGGAAACAAGAACGGUAGAAAGGGUGGAAAGAAAGCUCAUGGGAAACGCUCCAAACUUGGUCCUAAGGAGGGAGUUGGGAAAAAGAAGUUCGAAGGAACUGGCUACAAUUGUCAAAAGCAAGGCCAUAAGGCCAACGAAUGCAAGCUUCCAAAGAAGGAAAAUGCUCGACAAGUUAACAUGGUUCAUGAGGUUGAUAACCUCAUUGCUAUGAUCACGGACCUUUCGAUUUUGGUCACAGAAGUUAACUUGGUUGGGCAAAACCACAAUGAUUAG